GAAACUUCCUCACAUACAAAGGAGUACAGACAGCUACAUACACACAGCUUAUCUCCUUUAGAACACAGACUUGUUUGAUUGUUACCACAACUUUAACUGUGUGUAUGUGUGUGUUUAUAAAUAGUUUUUUAAAAGCAAACUUAUAAAUAACAAUAUAUAAAUGCUCUGUUUUUUUAAAUUUUAUUUUGGCACCACGUUCAGAUGGAAAGUUCUCAGGUUUCAUCAAUGUAAAGCCUUCUGUUGUUAUUUAUACCUAUGAGUGUCAGAAAUGCCUUCUUCAAUUGCCUUGAUUAUUUUUUUUCACCUGGUAUAUUCUGAAGCUGCACCUGACAGUGAACAAAUUGUAGAAAUUCCCCAACCUACAGACUUUAAUAUUAGAGAAAUACGUAUAGGAGUUUUUAACUUCACUUGGAAGUCGAACCUUUCUUAUAAUAAGGAUUAUGCUGUACAUUACAAGGUGUGCAUUGGGGAUCUAGGCAAUGAAGACUGUAAGGAAGAGGAGAGGGGUGUUGCUCAUUUUAGAAGAUUUAUAUCACGAGGAGUUUUUGCAAAAGUUAAAACUAUUGUGUCUUCUGGUAAUAGAAAAGCUGAAAGCAAUUGGACCAUAAGGAAUUUUCCGCUAUCAAAAGGCAUAACUGAACAAGCACUACAGAAUGUGUCCUGCAUUUUGUACAACUUUGACCAUAUAAACUGUACGUGGGAAACAGCAAAGGAAGUGCCAGAUGAUGCACAGUACUCAGUUUCUUUUGGGCAAAGAAACAGAGUUUUUCCAUGUCAUCAAUUUAUUAGAAAUGACCAGAGGAAAAUUACUGGAUGCCACAGCAAAAAAGGGACAGCUUUUCUUGAUAAAAGAGUUCACAUACUCAUCAACGUGUCAGGGGUAGACUUCUAUUCUGCUCCCAGAUUCAGAUUUAAUCCAUAUAAAAUAGAGAAGCUCAACCCACCAGAAAAUAUUACAAUAGCAAAAAAACCAGAUGGUUUACACAUUGAGUGGGAUCAGCCAUAUUCAUUAAUUACCAACGAAAAAACAUGCUUUAUAUAUGAAGUAAACCUAAGUGAAAACGAACGAUUCUUUGAGACAUUGGAAAUAAAAAAGGACAGUACAUGUUCUAUAACAACUUUUGACACAACUACGAGCUAUUCUUUACAAAUACGAGCAAAGAGAUCAUCAGCUUGUAGAGAAAACGUAUUUUGGAGUGACUGGAGUAAAAUCAUUACAAUAAAUGACAGACCUCCUGAUCCUACAGUACCGUUAGUUGUCAUAGCCGUGGUUGUGUCUGCUUUGUUUCUUAUUUUGUUAAAGUGGAAAGGACCAAAGGUUUUGCUAAAACUUUUCCCGCCAAUUCCUAGCCCUACCAAUAAAAUGAAGCAGUGGUUGGAAAAAGAAGACAUUAUCCAGCCUUACAAUCCAAGGGAACACCCAACAUACAUUGAGAACAUUAUUAAAAUUGAAGAAAAUGAAGAAAGUGAUACAUUGUGAAGAUGCCUAUAUUUAUAAAA